AUGCCUCUCAAACACUUGCCGAUCCAGCCGGCAAACGUGUCGAUCGCCCCCAGCCCGCACCCCCACGGUCCUCGCGACUCCCGGAAGCCAGCAGGCCACGGAUUGGUGAUCCGGACCUCCAGACAGUGGGUGCUUCCUCCCAGACCCAAACCAGGCCGGAAACCCAGCCUGAGCGCUCCUCCAAGCCGUGCCACCAGCGACCAUCCCAAUUCCAGCAAGUGUGCUUCUGCCACGGCCACCAAACCCGCCGUUUCUGCCCUGGCGAUGCCCGUCUCGACCGUGCCGGAGAGAUCGGUUCUGGCGAAGAACUCGGAUAGACCUGGAACACGUGUAGACCACGUGUCCGGCGAGCUCGAAAACUCCGGACCAACUUUCUCGUCUGAACCUAAGACAGCAGCGGCAGCGACAACGGCGAGCCAAUCGUCACGGUGCUCGUCGCGGUCGCAAUCACUCGCCCCCAUCACCGUGCAAACUGCGGCUCAACGCAAACCCAGCGCUGCGCCCAAUGCUCGAGACGCUGCUGCUUCGGCUUCUGCAACUGCUCCUGCAGUCCCUGCAGCACAAGCCUUGCCUUCCACGGAAUUUCAAGAGCCCGUGUCUUCCUCCAAGAGUGCAGACUCCGCAGAAACCAGCACGACAACAUCCAGCACCACUAUGACAACGACAACGACCACAACCACGACCAAUACAACACCCUCUCCAUCCAUCAGCAGCCCGAUGCUCAAAAAACUCACCAAGACUGCGUUGAAAAAGGAGAUUCAACAACUCAAGCUCGAAAACUUCAAACUCAAACAAGAAAUGGGCCAUUUGGUCGGAAACUUGCAAGACCUCAAACAAAAAGUUCCGUUUUUGAGUAAUCCGACCUUCCGCGCUACUCCUUCCUCCAAUCCUUAUCCAAGUUUGUCCAAGAAAAGACCCUUUUUGGGCUCGGAGGACGACACCAAACAACAGUCGGAUUCCACCGACAAUUUCUUGAAAUUCGAGGACGACGACGAAGAAGAAGAAGAAGAAGUGAUAAAUGCAAACGCAGUCAUCUCAGGCGUGCCCAUGAAACCUACCAUGUCAUUUUCAUCGCAAUACAGCUCGAAAACAAAUCUCACGGAUGACGAGGACCCCGGUUUUUCGUCAUCCACGCCGAGCUCACUCUUUUCUGCCGAACUACAGAGAUCCGUGACCAAUAGCAGUUUUGCCAGUACUCAACAGUAUCUUCACAACUUUCCCUGUGGUCCACACAAUACGUCUGGAACUCCAGGAUAUUCUCCACACCAUCAUAGCAGCAACAGCCCUUCCAGUAUGAUCCCUGCCAAGUUGCCCGUGUCGGGCAUUGAUAAUGUUAAAUUCAUUGAUGAUUAUGAACACCAAGAUUUUUACAGUAAGCACCGUCAUCUGUUUGAUAACAAAUGUUCCUCGGCUCUUAAAGAUUCAAUGUGCACGACCUCCAUGAAUGGGAACUCGACAGCUUCACCCACGAUCCCAAACCACCCUGGAGAUCUGCAUUUGGAUGCCAUCAAGGAAGAAGAUCUAGAUUUUAGACUAGAUCAUGAUUUUGGUAACGAUGACAUGAGUAUUUUAAAUUUCCUAGAAGAUCACGGUACCAAGAGUGUAAAUGCUACCACUACCACAGCUGUUACGGAAACGACUCCAAGAUGGGCGAUGAAAGAUGAACGAGAAUCCGACAUAAAUAUUUUUCAAGAAUUCAAUUCUGAACCACAAUUCCCCAAACAAGAGUUUUACAUGCCCCCUUCUUUGGAAGAAUUAAUGGGUGACCAAGAUCCGGAUCGUUUGGACACCGAAAUCAAACGAGAAGAUGAUGGUAUGUUAAAAAUGGAUGUUUUUGAUUUUGCUUAA